CACCAUCAUCAACAAUUGGCAGCUGCAGCAGCUGCGGCCGCCGCAGCAGGUAUACAUCAGCUGCAAGCUCACCACUUGGGUGAUUUAAGCAAUGCCUCGACUACAGAUGAACUUUCUGAAUACAAUAUUCAAAUUCCUGAACCAAUCAUAGACUCCAAACUGAAAAUAUACCCUGUGAUUGAAAACACCAUCACUGCAAACGGUAAUUUAAUCACAAGGCCAUAUCCAGAACAAAUAUUUCACAAUCGUGAUGAUUUGAAUGAUUUCAUUCAAGAGUUUGCAAGAGAUAACGGAUUUGGCGUCGUGAUUGCCCAUUCUAACAAGAAGGCUAUUUAUUAUACUUGUGAAUUAGGAGGAAGGUAUCGUCAAAAGAAAUCCAAAAAGGAUCAAGAAGAAGAAGAGCCUGUGGAUGAAUCACAUCAUAUUGAUGUCGGUGAUGGAUACAUGUUGGAUCCAAACACCAAGACCAAGAAAUUGAAAUGCCCAUUUUCUAUGACUGCGCUGUUCAAGAAGUCUACUGGAGUGUGGACAUUAAGAACCACUUGUAAUGAACAUAACCAUCCACAAUUGGAUCCAUUGAGUAAUCAUCCUAUGUUGCGUAAACGCAGCGAUGAAUUAAACUUGUUGAUUUUGGAUUUGUAUAAAGUUGGAACUAAACCGCUGCAUAUUGAAGCUAAGAUCAAGGAACAAUAUCCUGAUGUAUUAAUCAAACGAGAAGAUAUCUAUAAUGAAAUCAGAGGAUACAAACGUAAACUCAAGAAGCAAACUGCCAGAUUUGGACAAAUCUCAUCGGCUAGAUUGUCGAACUAUAGAAGGCGUACCCAACAAUUAUCACUGCAACAAGGUCAACCUCAGGGUGAUGAUGCCGCUGCCGUGGCUGCUGUUGCCGCCGCUGCUGCUAAUGCCAAUGCAUUCUUGCAUCAAGAUGAAGGGUCGGAAGUAUUGUAUGAUAUACCCCACCACCAAAUCCAUCAUCAAGUACAUCACCCUUCACAACAACAACUUCACCAAUUGCAACAACAGCAACAGCACGCACAACAACAUCAACAUUCACAACAGCACUCGGAUGAGUUCCAAAGACAAUUUAAUGAAGCCUCGGCUGCAGUUGAAUCACAAUAUCAACAAUACCAAUAUGAUGGAGAAGGGAAUAAUAAUAGUGGAAGUUCAUCUUCUGCAGUUGCCAUUGCUGCUGUGGCCAAUGCUGCUCGAGCUGCUGCCGGUGGAUCCAACGGACAACAGCAUUAUAACAAUGAUGAUGAAUUGUCUAUUGAUAAUAUCGAUAGCCGGUUAGUUGGGGAAUAAGAGAUGUUUUUUAUCAGUUUAUUGUUUAAUUUUGUAUAUUAUUUGUUUUAUUUACAUUCCUUUGAGUAUUUCCAAUCCUUCACUUCUUUCUUCGAAUAAUCUAGCUAAUUCACUAACUUUACGUCCGCGUAUUACUGGUUUCUUUACGGGCGUUUGUGGUAUUAUAUCUUGUUCAACUGAAGACUCUUUUUUCAAUUUGGGUAUAUUUGAAAAUUUAUACUUUUGGGGUGGGAAUUGUAAUUCAACCUUUAGGGUUUCUUGAGAUGAAAUCGCCAGUUUGUAGGAAGGAGAAUCUUUGAAUAUUGUAUCGGUUGACGAGUUAGUUGACGAAGUAUCAUCAAUUGUUAAAUCGUAGUUUUGGUCAUACGAAGUGUCUGGCAAGUACUGGCUGGGUGGCGGUAAUUGAGUAGUGCUGGGGAUUGCAGUGGGUAUUGGUGCUUUGGUCUGUGUGCUUCCUGAGAUUGUUUCUGUAAUGGUGUGUAUGUGAUAAUCAUUUCUAAUGCUUGACCAAUCCUCCAAUACAUUCUUUAUAAAUCUCUUGACAAUUUGCACGUUGUUCUGGUUUGUAGAUAUCAAUUCGUGACUUAAACAAUGGGCAAGACAAUUUGAUAAAGUCACCGGGGUAUGCUUUGUGAUCUCUGUUUGAAUUAGCUUAUAACAGGUGUUGAACAAUUGAAGGAGUAAUUGAUCAUAAUUUCUGGUUUCUUCGUUGGAUUUCAAUUGUUGUAUUAUAUUAGCUAGUGUUUGUUUCGUGUAUGAUGUAUUAUCUUGAAUUGGUAGUGUGAUUGAAGCAACUUGUAAUAAAGGAUAUGGCAACUCCAGGAGUAAUUUCUUGAAGGUUCCCGAUAUACAAUACAAGUCAAAGUCGUUAAUCCAAAUCAACUGAUUUCUCAUUAUACAUUUAAAAAAUAUCUCAGUUGCUUGUUUGUUACCUGGUUUGUGGAAAAUUAGCUCUACCUUGUCACCAUUUUCAUCAAUGAUAUUGAAGAUUUGAUAUAAAUGAUGGUGGAAAGUCUCAUGGGUAUGCCUGUCAAGUCUUACCAACGGGUUAAUCACGGGAGUAUAUCUCAUAGCUAAUUCAACCCCACUUGGUUCUAAUUGUAAGUCGUGUUUAUAAACAUUCAAUGAUAUUUUUAAUCUUGUGAUAUCCAAAUAAUGACUAAGUUUGUUCAAGUUGUCGCAGUGAAUAACCUGAGUAUUAUCAUUGGACUUUGUGCUGAUAUCAAACAUGUUAAGCAAUUUGUUAAAUUGCUCCAAGUUUUUUUUGGUUGAGUUGAAAUUAUAAACGAUUUCAGUUAUGGAUUUGAUAAACCAACUGUCAUGAACAGCAAAGAUCUUGAUGACAUUAUUAAGGUUGUGGUUGUCACUGUCAACAAACGACUUUAGGAAUUUGAUACCCCAUACCCAACUGAUCUUGUUUAAACCGCAGUUAAACAUAAUCAAGAUAUAUGGCUGGGUUGGAACAUGAUUCAUUAGUGUUAGGAUGAAUUCAUCGUAGUUUAUAAUGUCGGGUGAGGGUAGGUAUGACGUAUCGAAUAUAUAGAUUGGGUAAUUAGUUAUAGGAUCUCGUACGAGUGUUUUAUAGAAGAUUCUGUCCAUGUCUGUGAGUAUAUGUUGUAAACGGGUAAAUAAAUAAUGAUAAAUUUCUAAGUUGGAUAGUAUUACGAAUAGAUACGGUUGUGCUGGAAGUAUAACAGACGCCUUCACUUAAUAAUGUGUGGG